AUGGUCAAAGUUGUCAAGCGACCGGCGGCAAAGCCCUCUCGGACAAAGAAAUCCAGGAAUAAGGUCCAGACCUUCAGUCAUGUGGUGCCCUUGGGCAGCACUUGUCUCGUCGCAAAGCACUUGGACAACUGCGGGCUUCGAGUUUGCAAGUUUCCGUUCGAUUGGAUGUUUUCGACCCCCUAUUUAAUACGACAUGCGCUCCUGGAUAACUUCAAGACCUUCUUGGACGCGAGCAAGUACGAAAGAGGCAACGAAGGGGGAGAUGAGUUCAAGAACGGCACGAUCCAUAAAAUCUAUCACCGAAUGCAAAACUCCAAGGGCAAGAAGGUGAUCUUCCCGCACCACCAGCUGUGGCCAGGGGCCAUCAAUGCCGGACGAGACCGCAACUCCUUCAGCCGCUCAGUCGCUCGUUUGCGGCAAGUCUUUCGCUCCAAAACGACGAGGACUCUCUUUGUCGUGGCCAUCAAUGCCACGAAAGAGACGCAUCUAACUGCAAUGCGCGACGAGACCUGGCAGCCUGAAGGACAAGGCAAGUGUCCAGUGCCUGAAGUUGGAGGUCCAGAACUUUGUUCCAGGGCAGAGGUCCUUCGCUUGUUUGACUGCUUGCAGCAGAAAGUAGCCGGGCCUUUUCAUUUGGAAGUCAUCUACUUGCUGCAUGGAGCCAAAACCAGAGUUCGCCGACAUCUUGCCUUGGAGAAGCGCGUCAGAGAUAGGUCCCUGCGAGUGUCUGAGUUGGCUUGCAGAGGGGAGAACACGGGGCUUGCGUUUCGCAGAGAUUCCGACAAGCUGGCUUUCCACAAGCUCAUCGCAUGCCAGCGACGCAUCAAGCCCACAAGCCUCGACACAAGGAGAACCAAGGGCUAUCACGAGGCCGCAGCGGAUGAAGGCGAGAAAGCUAGCAGCAGCAAAGUUGGACCCAAAAAGGCUUCCGAGAGCAGCAACAAGCGCAAGCUGCGCUUUGUCCAGGAGAAUCCGAAGACACCGGGAUCGAAUGCCCACAAGCGCUAUGAGGCCUACAAGAAGGCCAGGACGGUCCAAGAAUUCUUGGACCUCGGGGGUGCCAAAGGAGACUUGAACUGGGACAGGGCAAGUGGCUUUCUUACUUUCCUGUAG